UUUUAUCUAUUUUAUAAGAUGCUCUUCACGUACACUUCUCUCAUCAUGAACAUCCGGGGAAGCAGGAAGCUAGCUACCUUGGCCGUCUCUGGGCAGCUCUCCACACUUGGCUAACUGUCACUAUUUCUCCACCAAUGCCAGCCUAAUGCGCUGCUGUCUUGGUUGAUCUAUACGCCGAUCAGGUCCCGCGCAUACUCUAUUUGCGGCCUCUUCAGGAAAUUUCCCGGUUAAUGGACCUGAGAAGCAAGCAAAUUUCCGAACGCUUGUCAUGUCUAAUGGCAUGGCAGUUGAGGACCUGAACCUCGAGACGAUACACCAACUUGGGAUAUAAGUAAGGGUGAGUAUGCGAAUGCUACUGGCUAAUUAGUGGGUUAUUGUCUACUCACGCAUCAUCAUGUCUGUUUUCAAGGCAUCACUCCUAUUCCUUCUUUCUUCGUCACUCGUCCACGGGGUUCCACACUCCAGCAGAGCAUCGCGAAGCCGACAAUGCGUGGUUCCGUCUAAAUAUCAGGCAUCAAGUGGAACGGCUGAUGACUCGUCUGCCGUCUCCCAGGCUUUUGCACAAUGCGCAACUGACUCGGUUAUCAUCUUCGAGGAGGGUGUAAAUUAUAAUGUCUUCCAGCCGAUUACGGCCACCAACCUCAGCAAUGUGGAGAUCCGGAUGCACGGCAAUCUGCAUCUGCCACAGAAUAUAACUGCAGUGCAGAAUAUCGUCAGUGAUGGUAGCUCUACAUGGUUCACCUUGGAAGGGCCCAAGGUGGACUGGACUGGUCCCGAAGACGUGAAUAAUGGCUGGAUCGACUCGUAUGGGCAGCCCUGGUGGGAUGCGAACCCUGCAGGUAGUUCGGGCAUUGAUAAUCGUCCGCAUCUCAUGAGCUUCAAGACCAGCCAAGCGACCAUAAAAUACUUCAGGUCCAGGAAGCCUAUCGCCUGGAAUGCCAAGCUGCAUGGACAAGACAUCACAGUUAGCCAUGCCAUUAUCGAUGCUACCUCGACAGGUAGCUUCCCUUUCAACACAGAUGGCUUCGAUGUGGAGGGUACCAAUAUCCAGAUUACCGACAGUAUCAUGUACAACGGCGAUGACGCGAUUGCAGUAGGCGCGGACUCGCACAACAUACUAUUCACAAGAAACACCAUUGGCUACCAGACUCAUGGCAUGAGCAUUGGCUCGCUGGGAAAGGACCCCACAGACUUUGCCAAUAUCAGCAACAUCCGCUUUGACGAUGUGACUGUCGUCGAUGGCCUCUACGCCGCACGCUUCAAGUCAUGGAGCGGAGGUACCGGACUCGUCAAGAAUGUGACUUGGAAUAACAUUAGAGUCUUCAACGUGACGUUCCCUAUCUUUGUCACUCAAAGCUAUAGCGACCAAGGCGCCUCCCGGUCCGGGACUGUCAAUGCCAGUUCAGCUGUGAUGAUGGAGGAUUUCACCUGGUCUGACUUUUCUGGCUCGAUUAAUACGUACCAGCCUGGCGACGGCUCUUGCGUCUCCGACCCUUGCUGGUACAACGUUGGGCUGCCAAAUCUGAAGCACACGGAGGCCCUCAUUAUCGAGUGUCAUACAGGGCAGUCUUGUAAGAACUUUGUGGCGGACAACAUUCAACUAUACCCGCAAGUUCUGGAACCGGCGAGUGUGAUCUGCAUGAACGCAACGGCAGCCCUUAAUCCUGAUCUUGGGUUUACCUGUAAGAACGGGACCUACAGCCCGCUAUCGACUUGAUCGAAGUAAUGUGAAAAUAAUAAGGAAGCCACACCCGACACAUCAGCUUCCGGAAAGCACAC